CAACCGGCAGUGGGAGCUUCCAGAUGGAGACGCCAUGGAAGAGGCGCUGGGAGCCAUGCUGGCCGGCCACCCCGACUCCAUGCAGCAGGAUGAAGAGGUGAACGCGCCGGAGCUGCCGCAAGCUGAACCCAACUAUCUGGCGGCGGGUUUUAACAACUACGGUCUCUAUUCACCUGCGGGCAGCAUCAGGCCCUUCGACGAUAUCAACGACAGUGCCGCCAACUGCCCAAACAUCGUUUUCCAGCCAACCUACCAGCCUGCUCGAAGCUUUGGGGAGCAUCGAACCCACCUCACCAAUUUCAUGGACCCGACUCUUAAAGACUCUCGAAUGGAAAUCACCAACUCUGCAGGGUUUGACGCUCCGCUGGACGGCCGGUUCCCCGAGCGCACCAUUGCAAUGCCAGCUGUGGGAGAUGAUGCUUUUCUUCUUGCCCACUUCUGA